CGGGUGAGGAGGAGGCGGCGGCCAUUUUGAGCCGCCGCCGCCAUUGGAGUGGGCCCCCCCCCUUUCCCCCUUCGCCUCCUGACAGGAAAGGUUUAAGGGGGACAGAGCCCUGGGAGGCCGGUCCGGGCUCGGGGGCCGCCCCGGGGGCCCGGGCCAUGGAUGUGCGCCGUCUGAAGGUGAACGAACUUCGCGAGGAGCUGCAGCGCCGCGGCCUGGACACUCGCGGCCUUAAGGCCGACCUAGCUGAGCGGCUGCAGGCGGCGUUGGAGGCCGAGGAGCCCGACGACGAACCGGGGCGACCUGGGCACAACAACGAGGAGGUCGAGACCGAGGGGGGCUCCGAGCUGGAGGGGACCGCACAGCCACCGCCGCCCGGGCUGCAGCCGCACCCGGAGCCCGGCGGCUACUCGGGGCCGGACGGACAUUAUGUCAUGGACAAUAUUACCAGGCAGAACCAAUUCUACGAGAGCCAGGUCAUCAAGCAAGAGAACGAGUCAGGCUACGAGAGAAGACCACUGGAAAUGGAGCCGCAGCAGCAGGCCUAUCGCCCAGUAGAAAUGAAGACAGAGAUGAAGCCAGAAGUACCCACCAGCUUCUUCCCCCACGAAGCAUCUCAACCCAAGCCAGACAGACAGCAAUUCCAGAGUCGCAAGAGGCCUUACGAAGAAAACCGGGGACGGGGGUACUUUGAGCACCGAGAGGAUAGGAGGGGCCGCUCUCCUCAGCCUCCAGCUGAAGAAGAUGAAGACGACUUUGACGACACCCUGGUUGCCAUUGACACAUAUAACUGCGACCUCCACUUUAAGGUGGCCCGAGACCGGAGUAGUGGUUACCCGCUCACAAUCGAGGGUUUUGCGUAUCUGUGGUCAGGAGCCCGUGCCAGCUAUGGGGUCAGAAGGGGCCGUGUGUGCUUCGAGAUGAAGAUCAAUGAGGAGAUCUCCGUGAAGCACCUUCCAUCUACCGAGCCUGACCCCCAUGUUGUCCGCAUCGGCUGGUCCCUGGACUCCUGCAGCACCCAGCUUGGCGAAGAGCCUUUCUCCUAUGGGUAUGGAGGCACUGGGAAAAAAUCCACCAACAGCCGGUUUGAAAACUACGGAGACAAGUUUGCAGAAAAUGAUGUGAUUGGCUGCUUUGCGGACUUUGAAUGUGGGAAUGACGUGGAGCUUUCCUUUACCAAGAAUGGGAAGUGGAUGGGCAUUGCCUUCCGAAUCCAGAAGGAAGCCUUGGGGGGUCAGGCCCUCUACCCUCAUGUCCUGGUGAAGAAUUGUGCAGUGGAGUUCAACUUUGGCCAGAGGGCAGAGCCCUACUGUUCUGUCCUCCCGGGCUUCACCUUCAUCCAGCAUCUUCCCCUUGGUGAGCGGAUCCGGGGCACUGUCGGACCAAAGAGCAAGGCAGACUGUGAGAUUCUGAUGAUGGUGGGCCUGCCUGCUGCCGGCAAGACCACGUGGGCCAUCAAACAUGCAGCCUCCAACCCCUCCAAGAAGUACAACAUCCUGGGUACCAAUGCCAUCAUGGAUAAGAUGCGGGUGAUGGGCCUACGCCGACAGCGGAACUACGCCGGCCGCUGGGAUGUCCUGAUCCAGCAGGCCACCCAGUGCCUCAACCGCCUCAUCCAGAUUGCUGCCCGCAAGAAACGCAACUAUAUUCUAGAUCAGACAAAUGUUUAUGGGUCAGCCCAGAGACGAAAAAUGAGACCAUUUGAAGGCUUCCAGCGCAAAGCUAUUGUAAUUUGUCCAACUGACGAGGACCUAAAAGACCGAACAAUAAAGCGAACAGAUGAAGAAGGGAAGGACGUCCCAGAUCAUGCUGUAUUAGAAAUGAAAGCCAACUUCACAUUGCCGGACGUGGGGGACUUCCUGGACGAGGUUCUGUUCAUUGAGCUGCAGCGGGAGGAAGCAGACAAGCUGGUGAGGCAGUACAACGAGGAAGGCCGCAAGGCUGGGCCACCCCCUGAAAAGCGCUUCGACAACCGAGGUGGUGGUGGUUUCCGGGGCCGUGGAGGUGGUGGUGGUUUCCAGCGCUACGAUAACCGAGCACCCCCUGGGGGCAACCGAGGAGGCUUUCAGAACCGAGGGGGAGGCGGCGGUGGAGGCGGCAACUACCGAGGAGGUUUCAAUCGCAGUGGGGGUGGUGGCUACAACCAGAACCGCUGGGGUAACAACAACCGGGAUAACAACAACUCCAACAACCGAGGCAGCUACAACCGGACCCCCCAGCAACAGCCGCCGCCACAGCAGCCUCCACCACCACAACCGCCGCCACAGCAGCCGCCGCCGCCACCCAGCUACAGCCCUGCUCGGAACCCCCCGGGGGCGAGCAGCUACAACAAAAACAGCAGCAUCCCUGGCUCCAGUGUCAAUACCAGCACCCCUACCGUCAGCAGCUACAGCCCUCCACAGCCGAGUUACAGCCAGCCACCCUACAACCAGGGAGGUUACACCCAGGCCUACACAGCCCCACCGCCUCCACCUCCACCACCACCUGCCUACAACUAUGGGACAUAUGGGGGGUACAACCCGGCCCCCUACACCCCGCCGCCACCCCCCGCUGCACAGACCUACCCUCAGCCCAGCUAUAACCAGUAUCAGCAGUAUGCCCAGCAGUGGAACCAGUACUACCAGAACCAGGGCCAGUGGCCGCCGUACUACGGGAACUACGACUACGGGAGCUACUCCGGGAGCACGCAGGGCGGCACGAGCACACAGUAGCCAGGGCGCCCAGAGGCCCCUCCACCAGCGCCCACCUCGGCCCCUCCUCUGCCCCUGCCGGGUCCCGUGGUGCUGGGGGAUGGGGCCACCCCAGGGCUGCCUCCCUCCAGCCCACUGCCUCCCUGCCAAGGGGCUUCUUCCCUACACAGGGCCAGGCUUUUCUCUCUGAAUUCAAACAGGCAACAAUGACCUUUUAUUUUCUGUCGACCCCCGCCUCCUCCCUCCUCCUCCUCCUUCCUUUUUCACUAGAGAACCCUCCCCCCCUCCCUUGAUCACACAGUGAGGCUCCAGUGACUGAGGGGAGGACCCCCCAUCCAGUCGUGCCCACCCUCCAGCCCCUCAGCUUCCCAGACCCUCAUGCAGUUUGUUGUAAAUUCUUCCAGAAGCUGUUUUACUGUCUGCUUUUCAGGAUUAAAAAAAAAAUCAAAAACUUUAAAAAAAAAAAAAACCAUGAGUUUAAAAAAGCAAAAUGCAGAGGGAGGAAGCAGUGACCUUAUUUUUUUUUGUAAUUAUGCUUUCCCCCCCGCCCCCUAUUUUUUAGAAUCUGUCAGUUUUUACUGUGGGUCGGCUGUUGGUAUUUCAUCAAGAUAACCAUCUCUUUGCUGAGUUCAGGUGACCGAGGAAGAGCCACACCCUCGAAACAAAACAAAACACACAACAAACCACAAAAUCACCUUUAACCUAACUUUUUAUACAAUGUCUCAGUUCCCCAUAACUUUGCACACAAGCUUCUGUGUCAAGUUGAAUUGUAACUGCUUUUUUUGUAUUUGGAGAGAGUGUGACUAUUGAACUUGAAAC